CCAAUACUAAACCCUUUCAACCAAUCUCUUCUUCCUUUUUUCUCACCAUAAACCCUAAGAUCGAACAACUGAUUUCUCUGUCAAGUCCGAGAGAAUGGGGAGCGAUAGCGAAGCAGAGAGAUCGGCUCUCAAGGAGAAGAAGAAGCUCUUCGCCCUCGCCCCGAUCGCCAAACCCCUCGCCGGAAAGAAACUCAGCAAGCGCACCCUCAAGCUCGUCCGGCGCGCUGCGGAGAACAAGUGUUUGAAGCGAGGCGUGAAGGAGGUGAUGAAAAGCAUUCGGCGUGGAAACAAAGGAUUUUGUGUGAUUGCUGGGAACAUAUCUCCUAUAGAUGUCAUUACCCAUGUGCCAAUCUCGUGUGAAGAAGCUGAUAUUCCAUAUGUUUAUGUUUCGUCAAAAGAAGAUCUUGCAAAUGCGGGGGCCACAAAGAGGCCUACAUGCUGCGUUUUGGUGUCAACCAAGCCUAACAAGGGGGAACUCAGUGCGGAGGAGCAAGAAAAGUUGAAGGCCGAAUACGACCAGGUUGUGUCAGAAGUCCGAGAAUUAACGUCCUCCUUGAUUUGAAAACCGAAGUAUUACUUUGUGCUAUGGUAGUAAUGUGUGCUAGGUUAGAAUGUUUUUGUAUGUUGAGAUCUUCCCUGAAUCAUUGUUAUUGCUUUCAUGUUUGACUUUUGGUUACAUAUUCUGCAAUGUCAAUGCUAUUUGUGUUGCACUUUGGAUCAAAUGUGGGAAUGGGUUUUCCUUGGCACAAUCUUCUUUUCAAUGGCCAGCACCUUUGUGGUUCAUGCAGUUUUUUAUUAUGUGGAGAGAGAUUAGGGCACCACUGAAUUAAUGAAAAAAAAAGAAAAUCUUAUUUUGCCU